CUAAUACUGCAGAUGUGAAUCCAAAACCCUGCCAGAGUUGCUGGUAUGGACUCUGCUGAUGGCUAUCUUAAACUCAAAUCUUCUCACAGCAUUAGGGAAAGAUCACAGAAUGGAUGUGGGUGCAGAGAACCUUGGAGGGUCUCUGGUCCCAGCUUCUGCCUAAACUGGGUUGGCGCUGGGGUUAGACCAGGUGCUCAGGGCUUUGUCCAGAUGGGGCUUGAAACCACCAAGCAGAGAGAUGGCGAAAACCUCACUGGGAAACCUGCCCCCUGCCAGUCUAUCCUCAUGGGGGAAGGAGGACCCUGGUCUCCAGCCUGAACUGCCCAGUUUUAGCUGAACUGCCUGCAGUGUGGGAAGGCCUGCUGCUACAACAAUGGGAAGUGGAGGCUGAUGUCACCAAGCUGUGAACUGUGACAUCACCAGGUGAUGGACUGUGACCUCACUUCCCUCACAGCUUAUCUUGGGAAGCCUGGGGGACAGAAUGCCUUUUGUGCUGUCACUGGGUUUGGAGGCUGAUGUCACUGGGGAGUAGAUUGUGACAUCACAGUGUAUUAUGACAUCUUAUCCCUUCUGCUUCUGUGUGUGCAGAGCUGGGCCUGUCUGGUCGCAGGUUGAACUUCAUGUGAGCAAGACACUGAAGUCUGGAGAAUCAAGCCAGGCUUGUCCAGUGCUGGCUGGCACCUGGCAUUGGCAGAUCUCAGUGCUAGUCCCAAGGCCAUCACUCCUAGCCCUGCCUGGUUCAGGCAGCCAAGCACUGUGGGUGUUGGCAGCAGUGAAGUGUGUGACAUCAGUGAAGGGGACACUAUCCCUACCUGAGCAGAGGGCCUCAGGGCUGGAGUUUGGGGGUGGCCUUCUUCCUGAGGUCUGGGCAGGACUUUUCCGUGAACGGCAGCAGCUCCUGGACCCUGUGCGGCCUUGGCUGCGCCAGAGGCUGGAGGGAAUAUACCGGAGCUGGUGGUGGCUGGUUGAGGCCGCAGAGAGCACCAUUCUGCACGACCUCUGUGUCAAAGGACCAAAUGCACAGGCCUUGAUUGAGGGGCUGGAGCCUCUCCUUGAGCAACACACAGCACUGCUGGUCCAUGGUGUUAUCAACAUCAUUGUGGCCCAGUGCAGCGGGGAGGCCCAGAGGCUGCUGCGCUCUGGUGCAGUCAGAGACGAGAACAACAGCCCUGUGGCCAGAGCCAGCUCCAGCUCCAGCAGCUCCAACUCCAACAGCUUCAGGACCAGCAUAAGGUCCUGGGAUAAGAUUCCCACCAGUGGCCCCAAAGGCUAUAACUCGGAGGAGGAAGUCGGCAAGUUGGAGGCUGUUUCUCGCAGAGGUCCCAGGCAUACCCCACCUGUGCCUGUCCCCACAAAGCAGGACCAGCCCCAGGAGGAGCUGGGGAAGGCAAUGACAGUGGCAGGUCCCUCUUCCCAGGGCAGCAGACGCAGCCCCUCUGCUCCCAGUCAGGGCAGGGAGUGAUUGCCCAGGGGAUCCUGGUACCCUCCAAACAGGAAGGUGCUCAGCUCCCAGGACUCUCCUCAGCCCUGCAAGAGGCUGUCCCACUGGCAGCAUUAGCAGAGCUCUUGCAACUCUUUAUUCAAGAAAAGGGAAAUAAAUUGUUAUUUC